CAUUAAGCUGUCCUAUAUAAACACUAUGCGCUCUAGUCUGGUAAUGUAGAAGGGUUAGAUAAUAUAACCGAAGAUGUGGCUGUCGAAGACGCUAGUGGUGAUCGCAGUGAUGUGCUCGAUGAGCGUUGUGGUACAUUCAUCACAAGCAGUGAUGAAAGACAUGACGAAGAACUUUAUAAAAGCCUAUGAAGUGUGUGCAAAGGAGUACAAUCUGCCUGAGGCCGCAGGAGCAGAGGUGAUGAACUUUUGGAAGGAAGGCUACGUGUUGACGAGUCGCGAGGCAGGAUGCGCCAUCCUCUGCCUUUCAUCCAAGCUGAACCUGCUGGACCCUGAGGGGACUCUGCACCGUGGAAAUACUGUCGAGUUCGCCAAGCAACAUGGCUCUGACGACGCUAUGGCUCACCAACUGGUUGACAUUGUCCAUGCUUGCGAGAAGUCCGUCCCGCCCAAUGAAGACAACUGCCUGAUGGCGUUGGGCAUCUCCAUGUGCUUCAAGACCGAGAUCCACAAGCUGAACUGGGCGCCCGACCACGAGCUGUUGCUAGAGGAGAUGAUGGCCGAAAUGAAGCAAUGAUUUUAUUUAGACGAUGACAUUUUUAAAUGAAAAUUAAACUGAACAUUUACGUUAUAUUGGACUUAGGACUCUGAGAAUUUUGUAACUCUUUUUAGUUUGGGUUAGCUUCUUCCUUUAGACAUUAUAUUGAAUAUAUUUUUUCCUCUUUCAUACUAGGUGAAGGUAAAUGAUUUGUUUUUGAUGCCUCAUGCAUGUAAAAUGUAAAAAGAAAGUUCUAAAUAGAUAAU